GUUGUCACUGUGAACUACCGCUAUGCGCUGCAAUAUCUGGCUGAUACUGCAGAUUUUAAUCCGGAUAACGAAGUGGAUUUGGCUUGCAUUCAUUUUGUAAUGCUCCCAAGACUAAACCAGCAUUUAGAGCUAUUUUCUGUGGCUUGGGAUAGGCAUUCACUGUCCACAGAACAAGGCAGAUCACCACAACAAUUGUGGAUUAGGGGUCAAUUAUUAGCAAACACUUCUAUACCUGACCCUUCAUGUGAUCAGAUUGAUGAGGAUCUUUAUGGGAUUGACUGGGAAGGGCCAACCCCACUCAACAGAGAAGACACUGUAGUAGUUCCAGACACACCAGAGGAUGUCAGAACACAG